CUGGUGGUGGUCAAGCUGCUGGUAGUGUUAAAGUUCCUGGUGGUGGUCUAGCUGCUGGUAGUGUUAAAGUUCCUGGUGGUGAUAAAGGUGUUGAAUGUUUAAAAACUGAUACAAGUUUUAAAGGUGAUGAUAAUAAUACAAAUGCUAAAGGUUUAACAACUGAUACAAGCGCUCAUCAUGGUGAUUAA